AUGGUCGUAUACCAUGGGCCGGGAGUAAAUUCGGGGGGUUGGGAGGUGCUGGCCAUCGUCGAAGCGAUAGGAAAAAUGGACGCAAAAGAAAAAAAGGAAAAGACGACAAAGAAGGCAAGCGAUAGAUUCAACAUCAAUUCUCAGCUAGAGCAUCUUCAAGCUAAAUAUGUUGGAACAGGGCAUGCAGACUUAAAUAGAUUUGAAUGGGGUGUGAAUAUCCAACGCGACAGUUAUGCAUCAUACAUUGGCCACUACCCUAUCUUGGCCUAUUUUUCUAUUGCUGAAAAUGAAUCCAUUGGAAGACAACGCUACAAUUUUAUGCAAAAAAUGCUGUUGCCUUGUGGUCUUUCUCCAGAGAGAGAAGAAGAUUGAAGUCCUGUGUUAUUUGUGGCUGCUUCCUUGUAUUUUUAUUUAUACUGCUGUGUAGAACUCUGUAUGCGUGUUGAACUGAGAUCAUCUGUAAUGGAUUUGAAGUUUGCUGGCUACAGAUGGUAAACACUUGUUUAACUA